AUGCCUCCAAAACGUGGAAAGGAUGAUCAGGGGCACAGACAACACAGUAAAAGGACGAAGUCAGAGGAUGACCACUAUCAUAAACGGCCUGCGAUUGAAGUUAACUGGGCUAUACCAAAAGAGAAGGCUAAAUCUAUUUACAAAGACGUACAUGCCAUCGAAUAUUCUCAAGCACUGUACCAAAGAGCUCGAGAAGAUACAAAUCCGCAGCAGACACCUCUACCAGACCCACAACACCGAACACCAAUCUACCAAAUCAAGAAGUUCAAAGACUUGCUAGCCGCAGACCAAAACCGUCCCAGUGCGUCAUUGCGCAGCCUUUUCAAUGAAAUCAAGAGAAAGAGUACGACGGUGCAGGACGUCCGUUACACCCUCGCUCAUCUCGAGCAAAAUUUCAACGAAGAGGACCAGAACAUUGCCGUAGUGCUUUCACGGUCGGAGAACGAUGAGAUUUUGUCCUCAAUGAAGAUGAACGACUAG